AUGACAUACGAGGAACGCUUUGCUUCUGUGGCAGAAUGCAAAUAUGUGGACAACGUCAUUGAUCAUGGAAUGUUCUACCCAACUGUUGAGCUUCUCGAUGAGCUUCAGGCCGACCUGAUCGCCCAUGAUGCCAUUCCUUAUGAAAGCCCUGACAGUGAUGAUUGCUACAAACCCUUCAAGAAAAUCGAUCGGUUUCUCACUACUCAACGGACAGAAAAUAUAUCGACGACCGAUCUUAUCCACGCAUUGUCGACCAAUGUGACUUGUUCCGUGAACGUAACACAAAACGAGAGCGCUACGGAUAAAUAG